AUGGUGCGUGGCUACGGGAGCGGGGGAAUUAGAAUGAUCGUCCCUUUCAUUGUGAAGAUAAACCAAGAUCAACUGCAAGACAAAUCGAAUUUGAGGCAUCGCUGCAAGAAGAACUCUCCAGGUCACACGAACAACUCGGAGUUCUUUCGUUGGUUUAGGUCGGAAAAAGUGUUAGUUUUAGUUUUAAUAUGGCACAGCCACCACCACCACCAACACCACCAACACCUCUACCAUGCAAUCGGUUUACUUAGUAUGCGUCCGGAAUAAGUAUUAAUUUGUGCAAGAUAAUAAGAAAAAAAAUCUUUUGAAAUUCACAACAGCGCGGCUGCGCCAGCAAGUCAAACGUCAGUGGCAGGCACUCCAGCAGCCGCGUUUAGUAUUGCACCCUCGUCUACAACUAUCCCACGAAAAAACUGUUUCUCUGUGAUGAUUUUGCAAGAUCUGCAUCACAAGUUUGUUACACAUGACACUGAAAAUUUGUCAUGCGCGCUUCCCAAGGAAAAACACGCUUGAAAAUCCAAUGUCUUGCAGCUGGAGCAAGACAAAUAGUCUUGUGUUCCAUUUUCUGCACCACAAGUUCACAGUGAAGCAGUUUUUUCUUGCGAUAAAAACUUCUAGCUCGUUUUUCCCCACGGAGAAACAGAACACCAAGCCCCCAGUUUCAGAACAAGACCCGCCAGAAUCGACUACCACGGCGGUCGGCGCGGUAGCCACCUCCAUCACCGAUUAUUUCUACGUGCAGGCAAAACCGAAAAAUUCGGCGGUCGGUGAGGGGGGAAAUAAUCUCACCGCUCCGAGUACGCCGGUGUUGAACCAAAAUGACGGGGUGGAAAAUCAAUCCGGUUCUUUUCUCUUCGCGAAUCCGCUGGCGACGCAAUUCCACCACAUGUACAACCAAAUUAUAUCAAAUGUGAAAAUGUCUGGGUCUGGAAGAAUGCAACUUGUUAUGCUAUUAAAUCUGAAGCAUGCAAAAAUCUGUGUUGCGUGAUGACCAAAAGAUGUCCACUUUUGAACAGUUUGACAGGGAGUUUCUCAUGCAGAAUAGGCAUGAUAGACACCUCACAGCGUUUGUCGUGCUAGGUGCUGCAUUCCAGGCCUCAUGGGUCAUGGAAAAACUGCAUCACAAAUAUUGCAUUCUUCCAGACCCAGACAUUUUUACAUUUGAUAAAUUACCGGAAACAACGAUACUACUGCGGAUGUUGGUUGUGGUGGAACAAAUGAGAAUCAGUUUAACGACUACUCUUCUAACAACCAGCGGGACUACAAUCGCGAUCAGUUCUUCGCGAACGCAGGGACGCCUUUGGGAUUUGUCGGAAGUCCGGACGAGGCGGAGGAAGAGGAGGAAAACGAGGAUCCCAAUCGUAAGAGUUAUUUCAUCGGUUUUGUUGUUCUAUAUGAAAUGCUUGGUUUCGCAUGACAAGGGGCUCGUCCUUCUGUAUUGCGGGUUCAUUCUAGCAUGAUGACAAAAUGAACAAAAUGAAUAAAAUCUUCAUCCAGGCGUUCCUACCUUCGUGAAAGUUCGGGGUCUGCCGGAGCAACAAGACCCGCGGAUUCAGAAGAGGAAAAAACCGAAGAACAAAAACGCGUUCACGGCCUGCUUUUCGAAGAUGUUUAAUUGAAGAGUUUUUCGUGUAGUUACUGUUGAUUUCGAUGAACGCGAAGCGCAGCACUGUGGCCUGAGGGAGUUGCGCAUAGUUGAUUGAUAAUUUUCCGCUGUUAGUAAAGUCAAAACGAAUUAUAAACAAGUCGAGGAGGACCAUCCGCCUCCUCAAGGACUAGAU